AUACACUCAAAAACAACCAACUCCUCAUCCCUUCUCACUCAUACAAAAGCAUUCAACUUAUAACCAUCAAAAAAUCCAUCAUUCCCGAACACGACAAGAAAAAUGUUUAACUUCUCAGAUAGUAGCAACACACUCUCCCGGCGGUGCGUGUGGGUGAAUGGCCCCGUGAUAGUAGGGGCCGGCCCUUCAGGCCUGGCCGUGGCGGCCGGCCUCAAAAGGCAAGGCGUACCGUUUGUGAUCGUGGAACGGUCCGACUGCAUUGCCUCCCUAUGGCAAAAGCACACCUACGACCGCCUGAAGCUCCACCUCCCGAAGCAGUUCUGCCAGCUCCCGGACUUCCCCUUCCCCGACCACUACCCACGCUACCCGAACAAGCGGCAAUUCGUCGAAUACAUGGAGUCCUACGCCACCCACUUCGACAUCAACCCGCACUUCAACGAGUCAGUCGAGACCGCCAAGUACGACGAAGCCUGCCGCCUCUGGCGCGUCAGGACCGCCGGAACCGGCGGCGAGGUCGAGUACAUCUGCCAGUGGCUCGUCGUGGCCACCGGCGAGAACGCCGAGAGCGUCAUCCCCGACAUCCCGGGGCUUGACGAGUUCGGCGGCGAGGUCAUCCACGCCUGCGAUUACAAAUCCGGCGACAAAUUCAAGGGACAGAGAGUCCUCGUCGUCGGCUGCGGAAACUCCGGCAUGGAAGUCUCCCUCGAUCUCUGCGAUCACCACGCCAAGCCAGCCAUGGUCGUUCGUGCCGCGGUUCAUGUUCUUCCGAGAGAAAUAAUGGGGAAAUCGACGUUCGAGCUAGCGAUGCUGCUAAUGAGAUGGCUGCCGUUGUGGAUUGUGGAUAAGCUAGUGCUAUUUUUGGCGUGGAUGGUGCUCGGAAACAUGGAGAAAUACGGGCUGAAACGGCCCUCGACAGGGCCGUUGGAGCUGAAAAACAAGUACGGAAAAACUCCGGUCCUCGACGUGGGGGCGUUAGAGAAGAUCAGAUCCCGGGAAAUUGAAGUGGUCCCCGGGAUCACGAGCUUCUCUAAGGCCGGAGUCGAGCUGGUUACCGGAGAGAAAAAGAUGAUCGACUCUGUAAUCCUAGCCACUGGCUACCGUAGCAAUGUCCCUUAUUGGCUACAGGAGAGUGAGAUGUUUGGGAAAAAUGGAUUUCCUAAGAAUCCAUUUCCAAAUGGCUGGAAGGGUGAAGGUGGGAUUUAUGCAGUUGGAUUCACAAGGAGAGGGCUGGCUGGGGCAUCUGCUGAUGCAGUCAGAGUUUCACAAGAUAUUGCCAAAAUUUGGAAGGAUGAUUUGAAGCAGAAAAGGCAAAAGGUUCCUACUCACAGGAGAUGCAUUUCGACAUUUUGAGUUAAUUAAAUUCUUUCUUUUUUUUAAACCCAAAAAAAAAUUGAAUUCUUUGCUUCUUUUAUACACAAAUUUAUUCAUGUAAACAAAAGUGUAUACCAAUGUAGCAUAGAUAAUCAGCCCUUCUCGAAACGCCCAAAGAGAUUUUAGAAAUUUGGGCACUUUGUAUACCGAGGAUGACGUGGCUCUCUUUUCUCUUUCAAUUUUAUUGU